AUGUGUGUACAGGAGUCGUAUAACGUUACGCAAUCAUAUAUAUACAGACUUUGUCGAACGCAGGAGAAGCUGAAGAUUGAGCUUGAGUACAAUUGUGCCACCAUCUCGUUCACCCUUGAUAUCUGGACAGCACCGAAUCGGGUGCCCAUUUUCGCCAUUAUUGCGCACUGGAUUACACCGGAGUUUGAGGAGAGAGAAGUUAUUGAGUUUAUUGAGCUCAAAAGAUCUCACACUGGCAAACAAUUAGCUGAGAUAGUUGAGAGGACGCUUGAGGAGCUCAGGCUCAAGCCUAAGCUUCUCGCCAUUACGGGAGACAACGCCGGCAAUAACGGCACGCUCUGUCAGUCUUUGUACGAUUCUCUCAAGACCAAAUUCGACGACAAGGUGAGCCCAAUAGGGAGGCCCCGCAUGCGCUUUCACGGCAGGAAGAGUUGGAUCCGCUGUCUAGCUCAUAUUACCUCGCUCAUUUGUGAGGGCGUCUUGCAAGAUCUCAAAGCAGGCACAGCGAAGGAAGCCAAGAAGAUGCUUGACAAGUGGGACGAAGAGAAUAAAAGCAACAACUACACCAUUCCGGGAGACUCUAGUCGAAGUGGGAUUGCCAAAAUCCGCCUCCUCAAUCUCUGGAUGUUGAGAUCCGGGUCUAGGGAGCAAGACUUCAAAAGCAUGCCGCGCACGCACUACCGGAAGCCAACCUACGAUGUCGACACUCGCUGGAAUUCGGCCUACGACAUGAUUGACCAAUUCCUCGAGCUUGAGGCAGAGUAUACUGAGUUCGUUGAUACUCACCCGCAAGUCAAGUGCCUCCUGCCCUUAUCAGAAGAGAUUGUCGCUCUCUAUCAACUGCGGAAGGUUCUGAAGCCGUUUAAAGACCACACUCUGAAAGUCUCCGAAGUUAUGCCGCCGAUCUCACAAAGUCUCGAUAUCUAUUGGGAUUUGGAAGCUCUCCUGAUGAUGUAG